UAUAAGUUUUGAACAGGGCCAUACUAUUAAGAUCAUGAUUCAUGGUGGAGGUUGGGCCGAUUUAUAACAGAUUGGGCCUAAACUACAAACUGUCAUUUAAACAACAGCAGAAACUACAAAAACAUUAAGCAAGUAAAAUAAAGCGAUCAUUAGCUUUGAACUUGGUGCGAGUGCACUGCAUCUGUUUGGCGUUUGGUCUCAAAGAAAAACAAUUCCCGAAUGCGGAAAGGAUUGUUUUUCAGGCGAUCAAACCAAAUUGAAUCCAUCCACACUCAUCUGUUUCAUGGAAAACAGGGUUUUGAUUCAACCCCAUUUGGGAAAUUAUGUUAUAGGUGGAUUCAAAUCAUGCAGAAAACUAGUGGAGGGUCAAGACCUAAACAGAAAGUCUAUCAUAGAGAUCAUGAAUUGGACAGAAUGCUGGACCUUCAGAAGAAACCUGCAGUGAUUCUACAGCUAAAAGCCAUUAUUGAAUCCCAGAAAAAUAAGUCCCUGCUGCUUAGGGACCUGGAAAAAGAAGUUGGUUUUGUUCAGAAAUGGAAUUACAUGGCUGUUAUCGAGAAGUAUCCUGCGAUAUUUUGUGUUAGUGGUGGUAAUGGAGCACCGCCUGCUGUUAUGCUUACGCGGAAAGCGAAUAAGAUUGCUGAAGAAGAGGUUGUUGCUAUAGAGCAAAUGGAACCUAUUUUAGUUAAAAGCUUGAGGAAGUUGUUAAUGUUGUCGAUUGAUUGUCGGGUUCCAUUGGAGAACAUUGAGCUCAUUCGAUCUGAGUUGGGUUUGCCUUGUGAUUUUAAGACGUCGUUAAUUCCUAAGUACCCUGAAUUUUUUUGUGUAAGAGAUGUAUAUGGGAGAGCUUAUCUUCAGCUUGAGAAUUGGGAUUCUUAUCUUGCAGUUACUGCUCGGGAGGAGCGAUUUUCUCGUGAAGGAAUUUCAAGUUCUGUGAGGAACUUAAAAAAUACUAAGAUUUCAAAAGACGGCAAUUAUCCAGGCCCUUUUGCUUUUCACUUGAAGUUUCCUGCUAGUUUUAGACCAAAUGUUAGUUACCUCGAACAAGUCCACAGGUGGCAGAAAAUGAACUUUCCAUCUCCGUACCUGAACGCAAGGAAAUUUGAUAUUGCUGAUCCUAAGGCUCGUAAACGUGUGGUUGCAGUACUUCAUGAGCUACUAAGUUUAACUAUGGAGAAAAGGUUAACUUCUGCUCAAUUGGAUGCAUUUCAUUCCGAGUACCGGUUACCAGCUAGAUUGUUGCUUUGCUUAAUUAAGCAUCAUGGUAUCUUUUAUAUUACUAAUAAAGGUGCAAAGAGCACCGUAGUCCUUAAAGAAGCUUAUGAUGGAUCAAAUUUAAUUGAUAAAUGUCCACUUUUGGCAUUUAGAAGUAAAUUUGUAGAACUUACUGGUAGGAGGGACAUAAAUAUGUACCCUGGGAAACCCUUAACACAAAAUCCUAUGUGAAAAUGUGGUUUGAGCAUAAUUCCGUGUGAUGAGUAUAGAUAAUACCCUUUUUGACGGGCUAGAAAGAAUUAAUGAUGUGAGAAGGGUGAAUUUGUGGGCUUCAGGUACUCUCGAUUGGAAUAUCCAGUUUUUUUGCUGAAAUGGCUCAAGCUUAUCUUGUCCAGAACUCAUGCAAAUUCUAGAUUGAGGAAUGCUUAAGAGCCCUGUUUUAUGUCCUGAUAAUUUAGCACAGAGCAAGCUGGCAACUCAUGCACCAAAGUACUGUUCAUCCUAUGUGCUAUGAUUGGUCUCAACUAGCUAUGUGCCCUCUUGUCAGCAGAAGAAGCAUAAAAGAGCAUGCCCACCACAACAGUUAUAUGCAUGCACUGGGUGCAGUCAUUGUGACGACCAACGGAGUCCUUUAACUUAAUUAAGCUGAUGUUGAUUCUUGAUUCCAGGUUUGAGUCAGUUGAUGUGAACUUAACUGUUUUGUGUUGAAGUUGAGCAAGUGCAGAAGAAGCUUAAAACAAAAUAUUUCCGGUCAUCACUUAUCAGGUUUGAUGAUGCCACUCAAUUGCACAAAGAAUUUACCCUCUACUGGUGGACCACAAUAAGUUGAAGAAGAGGGAGGCCCUUCCAACAAGGUCAAUACGUUUUGCUUCAUCAAACCUCUUUAUCUGUUGUAGGGCCAGAAUUUAUCUUCAUUGCAUAUUUUACUGGCCAUUAUGAAUAUUGCCUUUCUUUGAAAAUGGACUGUCUUAUACUUAUCACAAAUAUAAUCAACUAGAUCUCUGUAUGAUGGUAUGAGUCUUAUCUCAUGGUCCCGUUUAAUUUGGUACACUAAUUAGGACUUCUCUUGUAAAUGUUAUCUGUAUCUGGUUGGAGGUUAUACAUCUGAAAAGCAUUUAUUGUUUUUGCACAUAAUGGUACAGCUUGUCUGCCUUUUGCAUAUUGAACAUUUUAUGCUACAUUGAUGCUGAUGAUUUGCUUUAUUAUUUAACUUUUUAGAUUAAAUCUUUUAUAUUUUUAGGUGCCGAAAGUCUUAAAAAUGGAAGCCGCGCACUUAGUGUGAAACUGGAGACAGAAUUUGCACGCCCUUUUACUACAAAAAAGUUUACCUGAAAUCACAGCCUAGUUUUGAAUUAUGACCAUUAAUCAAUUAAGAUAAAUACCAGUCGAUAAGUAUUUUCAUAAUUAAUAGAUAUAUUAUUCUUAUCAGUUUAAAUAACACAGAACUAAGGGGUGUCCGAUUGGUAAACAAAUGUGCUCCUUCACGUUGGAAACAAUUAUGGGGGGUAGCGUAUUAACCACCUGAUUCCUCUCAAUCACCUUUAGAAUGGUGGAUUGGUCUUCCGGACCGAAGUCCAAUCGUUCCCUAUAAUGAGAUGUACUAAAUUCAUUAGUAUCAAAUAAAGAGUGUUCUGCCCUAGCAAGCAUCUACUAUCAAAAAGCGGGAAUUUACUAAACAAGCAUGAAAUGCCCUUUACUUUUGAGGGGAGUACCUUAUACUUUGCCCAGCACUACGGAAGUAGGAAUCCCCUUAGUCAUUAGCUUACUUAAGACUCCUCCUGCACCUGGGAUUCAUUGCUUUAAACCCUUCCAGGACUAACUUCUCACUUUUGCUUGGAAGAGGUCCAGGAUUUGAUUCUCACCUCCCUCGUUACUAAAAUAUAUCAACUAUCAAUUUAUACAUACACUGAUAAAUAUAAUUUUCAUUAGAGAACAUGAAUAUUAAUUCUCCAAUAGUGACUAUAAUUUUGGUACCACGUGGUUAGGAAACUGUAGGCUCCGUCACAUUCCUAGGCACCUCAAAAAAUAAUUUAGAAAAAGGGCACCAAACUUCAAUCUGGACGAAGUUGGGCACCCUUAAUCCCUUAAGUGGUGAACACUCCAUGCUAAAAAAUUUAGAAAAAAGUUAAGAUAUGUUGGCCAGUAACAAUGGCGAACAACACUGGAAGAAAAUGUUUAUACAGUGUAAUGGCCAACAGACUACAACACUAGAGUUAGCAGAACAGACUAAAACCCUGGACUUAGCUUUAGGUGUACCUAUUAUGCUGGGUUUGUGUUCCAUACACAUGUAUAAUUAUCAAUGUCUUAAUAAUUAUGUUAUUUAGAUGUGUGAAUAUACUCGGAAUAAUAUAUACAAUUAUGUUAUUUUGAUUGCAUAUUCAUGGGACUUGUAAACAUUUAGAUGUGUGAAUAUACUCGGAAUUCUCAUUUUUAAUUUUUGUGCAGUGAAAAUAGAAUAUAUAAUUAAGAAUUAUUUUAACUUGAACUAAAUGAUAGACAUAUAUGUUGUCCAAAUUAAAAUAAUAAAAAAAAUUCUAUUUUUUUAUGUAUGGAAAUAUACUAUAUUAAAAUUUUAAUUAAGACAUUAUUAAUUAUAUGUGUAUGGAACAUAAACCUAACAUGAUUCGUAAACGCUAAUGCUAGUGUCUUAGUCACUUACUUUAUAAAAACAAAUUCUCUUGGUGUUCGCUAAUGCUUGUGUCUUAGUCGCGAAUUGUAUAAGACAAAUUAUCCCGGUGUUCGCCAUUGUUAUUACUUAUUGGCAACCAUAUUUUUACUUUUUUUAAAAAAGUGUUCAGCGUGUAAUGUUAGUCACUCGAGACAUUAUGGGUGCCCAACUUAUUCCAAAUUGAAGUUGGGUGCCCUUCUUUCUCACAUUUUUUGUUCAGAUGCCUGGGAAUGUGAUGGAGCCAUGGCUUGCUCCAUGAAUUAUGCAUCUUGUUCUCUUGGUGCACAAAGAUGGGAUAUUGUACCGAAAUUAUAUUCUUGAUUUGUGUUAUACCGGUCUGCUUGAGCAUUCAUUACUAUAUCUUAUGGGCUAUACCUGCUCAUUUAAAUAUGGUUGUUAAGUCAUACGAGUAUUUCUUACAGGACAGUGCAUGCAUAAGGCACAUGCAUGGCUAGCCAUGGCAAUCACUAUCACUGUAAGGCCUGAAAUAUCAGAUUUGGUUAAGCACAUUAAAUGGUACUUUAGCAAGUAAAAACAAAAUCACAGGUCAUGAUUGAUCCCACUAUCUGACCCAUUGGGUACUAAAUUAUUUUUGUUUUCUGGUAUCAUCUGGCCCCUUUUGUCCUGACAGGUCCAUGCGUGAUAUAACAGUUUGGAAGUUUUGUGAUAAUAUAGCACAAUCAACAAUGUAAUUCAUAGAAAGAGGAGCUUAUAAGAAUUAUAGUGAUAUGUAUGGCUAUAUUAUUUUUAUCUUCUCAUAGUACAAAGUUUGUCAGAUAUAAUUGUUUAAAAACCAGCUACUUUACUUUGUCUCCCUUCUAUGUGUAGUUUCGUAGUUGUCAUGUAGAGGAGGACGCAUGUUGCCGGCAAUUUUUUGAUAUUUCAUGGACUCCAAGGAAAUGUAUAUGAUCAGAACUUAUAAGUAUAUUCUUUUACAACCACCACAACAUGCAGCAUUAUUAUCAGCUGGAUUGCAGGCAGAGAAGUUGGCUUUGCUUGAUUUCUGAAGUAUCAAUGUCGCAGCGGUGCAGCAUCUCAGAAAUUUAAAGAAAUUAUACCUCCAUCGACUGUCUGUUCGGUGGACGAUAAAUUCAAGUCCACCAUCAAAUUCUACGGUGGUUUUCUGUGAGAGAUGGGACCAUAUGUUCCAACAUUUUACCUUAUUUUAUAACGGACUUUAUUUAGUGGCUUUCAAAUCAAAUUAAAAAACCUUCUUGCGAGCAGGAUCCUACAAUUUAGAAAGAUGCUGGAGUUUUUAAGGUUGGUCCGAAUGUGGGCCCACUAAUUUACACCUGCUAUUACAGAAUCAAAACAACUGCUCCAUCUGUCCCUCUCAUUUCUUUACAGUUACUAUUUUGGGAUGCCCCUCUCAUUUCUUUACAUUAUUAUAAAUAGUAAGUUUUUCCCAUCAUUACACCCACUAUCUUCCCCUACUAUCUAAUAUUUAACAAUAAAAACUACUAUUACACCCACUACUCUCCUCCACUAUCUCAAAUUUAUUAUUAAAUAUUGGUAGGUCCCACCACUUUACCCACUUUUCAGCUAACUUUACUCAUUUUUCAUACAUUGUCUUGGUCUACGUAUCCCCCUCCAAUGUAAACAAUUGAGGGGGACGGAGGGAGUACUAUAUACCAGCAAAAGCUUGUUUUAAUUUUAAACCCGCCAUGUAAAGGGAGUAAGGGACGGUAGAUUUGGAAUUUACUGCAGUUAAUUUAUAUUAAUCAUGAUAAUUUUCUCUAUUA